UGCAGGCGUCUACAGGGAACUGUGAGCACCCGCUCAAGCCAGUCUCUUUCUUUAUAUUCCUUUGUGCUCUCUAUAAAAAGCACAAUAGAAUGGGAACCCUCUUUCUAAUGCACAAUAUGUUAAAGCUUUGCCUCAUGGUGACUCUGUGGAUUAUUUUGCACUUUCAACUUUUCAAUGUUGCGGCUUUUAACCUGGACACAGAAAAUGUCAUGCAGAAAAAAGGAGAUCCGGGGACACUUUUUGGAUUUUCUGUUGCCUUUCACGAGCAGCUGAGUCCUGCCAGAAAGAAACUAUUGCUUGUGGGAGCCCCACGUGCGAAACACCAAGAUCACGUGAAUGUUACAGGAGUUGUUUACAUGUGUGACUUGAGCACAGCAUCUGAGCACUGUCAGCCCAUCAAGUUUGACCACAAAGAGUUCCUCAGUAGUAAAGGAACAAAUAACCAAUGGAUGGGAAUUAAAGUCACAAGCCAAGGUGUUGGUAAAAAUGUAAUGGCAUGCGCUCAUCGAUAUCAGCAUCCAAGCCCUUACAGCCCUAACCUGCUGACGGGUCAGUGCUACCUCCUAGGAGACCACCUGCAGGUCGGCACUGAGGAGAGAACGUGGCGGAGGGUGGUUUGUGAUAAUGAACACUUGGCCAAUCGACGGAACAACCACGAGUGGUUCGCUUACUGCCAACAGGGACACGGAGCAUCGUUUGCCAAGGAUAACACUUCUGUGCUUUUUGGAGCACCAGGAGCUUAUCAGUGGAAAGGAAUUGUGCGCAUGGAACCCUUGGAUAACUUGGACUACACCAAUGAAAAUUCUCGAGAAACUGGAUUUAUAGAUCGCUUUGAUCAGGAAGUCAUUCCUCUCCAGGCAAACAGCUAUCUGGGAUUCUCUGUGGACUCUGGAAUGUCUUUAGUCAGGAGAGGAGAGCUGACGAUUGUGUCAGGAGCCCCCCGAGGAGGCUUCAGCGGCCAGGUGGCCUUCCUGAAGGCAGAUCCUGAGGUUAAGACAAACUUGCUGGUUGAACAUGUUCUCUCUGGACCAGGCCUGGCCUCCUCCUUUGGCUACGAUUUAGCAGUUGUCGAUCUCAACGCUGAUGGGUGGGAAGACCUCGCUGUUGGAGCCCCUCAGUUCUAUAUGAAAAAUGAGGAUGUUGGAGGAGCCGUCUUCAUCUAUAUUAACAGGAACGGGAAACACUGGGAUAAUAUCGUUCCAGUGCCACUCCAUGGAGAAAGGGAAUCCAUGUUUGGUCUGGCAGUGGAAAACUUAGGAGACCUUAAUCAAGAUGGUUAUGGAGAUAUUGCUGUUGGAGCUCCAUAUGAAGGCUCCGGUCGAGUGUACAUUUACUGUGGCUCAGCAGAGGGGGUCCACAAAAAAGCAUCCCAGGUAAUCUCACCUGCAUUAAAAACAGUGAAUCUCUUUGGAUAUUCUCUCUCUUGUAACAUGGACAUAGACAACAACCAGUACCCUGAUCUGGCAGUUGGAUCACUCUCAGACUCUGUUUUUGUUUUCAGGGCACGACCAGUCGUCAGUGUCAGAACGGAUAUGAAAAUAAAGCCUAAUCAUGUAAACAUCAUAAAGCAACGGUGUGAUGAACAGACAUGCGCUUUUGCAGGUCAGGCAUGCUUUGCUUAUACAGCACAACCAGCAUCCUAUAAUGCAAAACUGACACUUAACUACAUUUUUGAAGCUGAUUCAGAAAGAAGGACGUCAAGAUCAAGAGUGGAGUUUCUGUUUUCCUCUCAAGGAAAACUGGAGCUUCCUGAAAAAGGAAAACAAAUGUGUACUGACAUCAAGCUCCGACUUUUGCGGGACAUUAGAGACAAGCUGAGCAGCAUCCCUGUCUCUGUCACCGUGUCCCUAUGGAACUCUGAAGAAAUGACCAGGAUGAGUGCUGAUGAGUCCAGAAUCCCUCCUGUCCUCAAUCUUUACCAGCAGAAAACCACUGUGUCAGAGAUUAUAAUCAUAAAUGACGGCUGUGGCGAUGACAAUAUCUGCAAUAGUAACUUACAGAUUCAGUACAAAUUCUGUUCCAAGAAGACUCAAAAUGGAGAAGUUGUUUUCACACUAUUAGUCCGACAGGAUGGCAUUGCAGUCAUCACUCCUACUGAUGAAGACAUAGCUUUGGAGAUCACUGUGACUAACAGACAUGGUGACGAUGCACAUCAGAGUCACGUCAUCAUUACUCUUCCAGAUACUCUGAGGUACUCGUCUGUUGUCCACAGAGGAAAAGAGCUGAGCUGCUCAGCCAAUGAGAACGGGACACUGAUAGACUGUGAGCUGGGAAAUCCGUUCCACAGAGAUGCUGAACUCACAUAUUAUGUCAUACUGACAACUUCUGGCAUCUCGUUGAGCACAAGGGACGUGAACGCCACCCUGCAGCUUCAAACGACAAGUGUGCAGAAUCUACAGCCAGUUGAGGUUUUAGCCAGAGUGGUUUUUGAGUUGGAGCUGAAAAUUAAUGGAGUCGUCAGACCUUCUCAAGUUUCUCUUGGUGACAUUUUGAAGGGCGAGAGUGCUAUCCACUCACUGGAGGAAAUAGGAGCAUCAGUUCAGUUUGAUUUUAAGAUAAUAAAUUUAGGCAGACCCCUGAAGUAUUUUUCAAACGCGUCUCUGAACGUCUACUGGCCAAAGGAGACCUCUGUCGGGAAAUGGCUCCUGUACUUGACUCACAUCAGCACUGAAGGUGUUCGAUCUGUGCCCUGUUCACCUGCAAAUGAAAUCAACCCACUGAAAGACGUAAAGGGUUGGAAUGCUGCAUCAAGGCGAAAACGUGACACCAAGCUAGAAGCUCUGUCUAGUGAGGGGUUAACAUUUCUUCCCAAGAAGAGAAAGUUUAAAACCUUAAGUUGUUCUGACGGACUGACGUGUGUGGAGAUACGGUGCCCCCUGGUGGAACUGGACAGUACUGCUAUGGUGGUUCUCCAUUCACAUCUCUGGAACGCAACUUUGGCUGAGGAUUACAGCCAUUUACAUUUCCUUGACAUUGUAGUGGAUGUCACUCUCAGCCUCAACAACGCUCCAGGAAAUAUCGGAUUGAAAUCAGAAACAAAUGUAACUCAGGUUAAGCUGACCGUAUUCUUUGAAAGAAAAACUGAAUUUCUGACCAAAGUUGCGUGGUGGAUAAUCCUCCUGACAGUCGUCACUUUGCUGCUGCUGUUGUGCUUUCUUGGCUACAUCCUGUGGAAGUAUAAAUGUAUUCACCACCUCACUCACAAGAAGAAGCCAUCGGAGGAUCCAGCUGAACACCUUAAAGGUUGAGAGGAUCCCUGAUGAAGUGGCUCCAGCUAACCUGAGCUCGUGUUCAGUUUCCAGUGAACACGUCAUUUUACAGUUAGAAAAUCACACUGCAAAUAAAAAUAUUCAAAUGGAA